CGAAGGGAAAUCGACUCCGAUUACCUCGAUAAUGCUGCGAGUGGAGUGUGAAAUAAUCGAGCGACUGAUAAUUAUUAUUCCGAAGGACUCGACUGAAGGAAAAGAACGUGGAAAACCACGUGGUUAUUAUGCGCAUUUUUAUUGAAUCAACACGGAAUUCUCGGAGCAGGCACGAAGUCGCUGGAAUGACACCGUGAUUGUAACGUGCGCAAUCGUGUAUGUUUUAUCAACAUUUUGUGGAAUAAAUGUGCAUUGAAGUAUUGGAGUGAGAAUUUCAAGGAGUUCUUGGGUUCCAGAGCACUGGGAAUGCAGUACCAUUUUGGAGCAGAAUGGACAUCGAUGAAAUAACGUUCAAUCCGUUCUUUCUCGUGUUGAGGGAUAAAUUCAGACGGAAAUAUGAUCUUGCUGUAUCCAAGUGUUGGGCCAUUUGUGUGCCCUGCAGUGAUUUCGUCAAGGAUCUCACAAUAACAGAGGAAUUUGUCGAUGAUCACAUUCUGAAGCCUGUCAGCAAGUUGCCAUAUCACUACGUAUCCACGGACAGCGAUGGCUCUCGAAUGUACAAAUUUGAGGACACGAGAAUUCGUCUGGUCCAGCGAAAUGGGGAAUCUGUGCAUCCAGAUCAGUACAGAGUAAAGAUUCUCAGUGUCGAGAGGGGGUAUAACAGUGAUUUCCAAAUGUACAAUAUACUCAUUACUGAUAAUGUGAUGGACCUCAAGUAUUUGAGUGCUCGCAGACCUGUUGGAGUCAAAAUGAAAUUGAAUCGGAGUGUCAAUUGUUACAAAGAAGCAUUUGAUUUUCUCCACGAGAUAGCCCUACAGGGCCGGCUGUCUCUGCUGGACUUGAAAUCCGACGUGGAGAAGAUUGACCUGACUGAUUUCCACUCAGCCGAGGAGCUUCGCAAUGUCCUGCAGGAUUGGAUUCGUCGGCAUUGGGCGCGCACAAUGCGCCUCUUCCCUCUAGAUAUUCAGCGUGAUGCACGUUUUCAGAAGCUCCUGAGCACCUCCCUGGAGAUUUUUAUAAUGCACUACCUACACGAUCGAAUAUACGUGCUAUUGACAAAUGCUCUAGACCAGGACGACCAGCGAAUAAAACGGAAGAUAGAUCACUUGCUGGACGUAGGGGUGACACCAGAUCAGUUGGGUGUGAAGGAGGCCCUCUCGAUUUCUUUGCCCUCGGCAAUUGUGGAGAUGGCAACAUUGGACGCACGUCAGAGUCCCCUGGAGAAGCUGUCAUGUCUCAAGACCACCCUCGACCUCAUCGUCGCUGAAGUUAAAGGCGCCUUGGCUGAUGUGCAGACUAGAAACGAGUGCUAUGAGGAGAAUGACCUCAUCGAAGCCAGAAAAACUAUAAAAAUCGUACCCACUGACGACCUCAUUCCCCUCCUGAUAUACGUAAUCGUUAAAUCACGACCACGACGACUCAUCACUGAUCUUCACUACAUCCAGAAUUUUUUGUGGUCUGUCUCACCCUAUGACGGAUUAUCCUAUGCCAUGGUCACCUUCAAAGCUGCCAUAUGUACACUGCAAGACAUUAAUGUUACGAGAUUACCCAGGAGAAGCAGCAAAGUCAGGAUUGAAUUACCCAUUAAUGAAGUUCUUGAUGUUGUUACUAAGACUGAGCCUGAUGUCACGCCAAUUGAUCGACAGGUGCGGGAACUGGCUGUGAUGCUGGAGGAAUGUACAAAGAGUGAACAGGCAACCAAACUCGAUGAUAAUGCAUCCUAGGUGGUUACUUCGUCAUUCAGGGGAAUUGCUCUGGUCUCUUUAAAUCUUGAUGGCUGUCGGAAUGAUUGUAUUUGUCUCACAAAAUCUGCUAAGUAAUUAUCAAAAUUUUUUUGUCUAGUUAUUCGUUCCGACAGCCCGGGACUUUUAAAAUCCACAGCAGUUUUUACCCAACGAAUUAUUGCUCAUAUCUCUAGUACAAAUAUUGAUUAUUCUUUAUUUUUUGAAUUUUUGUGAGGAUUGGGAGAGGUGGUUAAAGGAGUUGGAAAUUUGGUGUCGUGCCAAAAAUAUUCAGUAUAUUAUGUACAUUUAUCUUCUAUUGACGAAGAUAUUGGUCAUUUUGUGUCCAAAGGCCUUACAGAGGUCUGGGAGAUUUAAACUUAAAAUAUACAGUCUUUUAGUAA